ACAGUAAACAGGUGCCCCAUCUUCCUUUGGGAGUUUGCAGAAAGCAUCAGAGACACUCCACCUGCAGAUCAUAUUUUGGGGCAGUAACUCUGACAGCCGAGGAACAACCGAUUAGACGGACGACAAGAAGAUUCACAGGCAUGGAUAAAAGACUUAUCUACUGUGCUCUGUUGGUGAUGCUGUCUGGGAGAUUUGUGGGCACUCUAAACACUACGACAGCACCACCUAGCACUAUGUUGACAACCCCAACCACCAAAAUGACAGCAACAGCAGAAAGCUCAUCGACAAGUCCCACCAACGUGUCGACAACCCCAACCACCAAAAUGACAGCAACAGCAGAAAGCUCAUCGACAAGUCCCACCAGCGUGUCGACAACCCCAACCACCAAAAUGACAACAACAGCAGAAAGCUCAUCGACAAGUCCCACCAACGUGUCGACAACCCCAACCACCAAAAUGACAGCCACAGCAGAAAGCUCAUCGACAAGUCCCUCCAACGUGUCGACAACCCCAACCACCAAAAUGACAGCAACAGAAGUCAGCGUGACGAGUGUAUCAAUGACAGCAUCAACACAAUUUGUCCCAGUGUCCCCAAACACUACAGUGCUAACCCUUGAGGCCAACGUCACUAAUGCUGAGUGUGGAUCCAAGCAGCUGUGUGUAGCUGAGCCCUCUAGGUGCGACCCCUUUGUAACAGGGUCUUGCUUCUUCUUUGCUGCAAAGCAGGAAAGUGGUCGAAACUUUAACUUCGAUCUCUCAGGAGAAUCAAACGGAUACAUUGCAGCAACUCUGACAGCUGGCGGUGGGCAGGGAGACCCGACUUAUAUCUGUGCAAACAGCAAGGGCAAAGUCAAAUUCUUUAGUUCGAUCCUCUACAAUGGUGUUCUGAAUAUUUCAGAGCUCAAUGUGAACUCAGUGAAGGGCAAGAUCAAGGGCAAAACAAUUCAGUGCAGAUUCCUUGCCACUGUUCCAGAACCAAAAACUCGAGCAACAACCCUCGGCGUUGCGGUUUCAACGGGAGAGUACAACGACACUAACGAUGGCCUGGGUGCUCCCACCCCUGUUAUAAAGGUCAGCGCGGUAGAUCUGGCAAACCCUGAUAACAACGUAACCAACGAGAUUGCCAACACAACAACCCCAGCACCGACCGGAAACAAUGCAACCACAGUGGCACCAACAGGGGCUCUCAUCCCCCAACUUUCGACAGUUAUAACCCGGCAAGAAUGUGGCACCACAAAGCUCUGUGCAGCCGAACCCUCAAAGUGCGAUCCCGCUGCCGGAAGUAGUUGCUAUUUCCUAUCUGUCAAGCAACAAAGUGGCCAAAUAUACAACUUUGAGCUCUCAGGACAGUCAGAUGGCUAUGUUGCUGCUGGACUCUCAAACAGUGAAAAUAAGACUGGCACUCACACGGCUUACAUUUGUGCAAACGAAAAUGGCAAUGUCAGAUUCUUCACUGGCACCAUUGACAAUUUGGUGAUAAAUCUCAAAUCGUCGCAGAACUCAAGCAAUGAGCGGGGCACAGUCAACGGCAACAAAAUCCAGUGCACAUUUUCAGCUGAUCUACCAGACAAUUCUGUCCGAACAGCAAAUUAUGCUUUGUCAGUUUCAACUGGAUCUUACGACGCCAAGACCUUACAGCUGGGACAAACAACGUUCCAAUUAUUGACAAGUCGUACAAACUUGUCGGAUCCUACCGCUAACCUCACCAACCUGCUGAACAAUGCCGCCAUCAAUUACACUCCCUCUUUCUUUCCUGCUCUGCUGGUCACCGUGUAUAUGCUGGCCUUCACAGCAAUGUGAAGAAACCAACGUUUCUAGUGACUUGUGAUUUCUGCAACUAAAGAAAAAGGACUAAACUGGACCGUUUAAUGUUUAUUUAUUAUUUAAAGUUCAAACGUGAAUGUAAGUCUUUAGAUCACUGGAGUACAAUUAAGUAGCAUGUCCUGUUACACUUUUAAAGAGUUGCAAGAAAAGUGGUGAUGUUUUUUGUUUGGGUUUUUUUUUUUUUUUUUCUUAGUCAGCAUAAGCCAACUUUGAUUUGAUUUGAUUUUGAUUUAUGCAACAGGACUGGGGUUUUGAGGUCUGGUUACAUUGUAAAACUUGGUGGUUUAUGUUAAAAGUUUGUGUUUUAUUUUAUUUUAUUUUAUUUUUUUAAUUGUUGUUAAAUUGAAAAACAGCUCGUGUAAACCUACACGUAACAUUUGUGUUGCAAAAUGUUUUCCAACACGUUUUAUUCCUGCAGCAUUGCUAAAGCCGACGCCAUCAAAGUACUGCAUUUGUUGUCAUGAUAUAUGUUAUGUUAUUAAGAACGUACAGGUGGUUAAAUUAUGAAGCCUUCACUGGCUGACGUUGUAUGCUCGUCACGUGCAAACAGCAUGAAAAAAAUGCUGUACCAUAUGCCAUAAAUUGGCGAGUUAAUCAUUUAGACCUAUGCUAAGAUUACCAGAUUUUUUUUAAUUUUUUCAGUAGUUGAAUAAAUAUAUUUUCAUCCAAAC